GUCGACAAACACAAUAUGAAGUCUACUUUUUAAACCAUCGAUGUGUUUAAAGUUGUACGAGUGACAUGCUUACUAUUGUAUUGUCGGAUUGCCAUUUGCUGAUAUCAGAUAUGCAACUUAGAACCAAGUGACUUAAACACUUUAAAAUAAGAGCGACACUAACGAUUUAUCGAAACCCAGCCAACCGCCUGCAUGUAUCGCCGACAGAGAAUGAAUAUGCUGUGCCUGCCUUGCUUGGACAACUAUAUUUCAUAAUAAUACCAGGUUGAUUUGCAAUCGAUACCGAACAAGAGAAGCUAAAGACGCCGUGGGAUACACCGGUUGACCAUCACCUUUAUAUAAGGCCUGUCGAGCCAUGAAAGCACAUCAAAUCUACUGUAGCGCGCGGACUACACCAAGCCUCCGUACGAUGGGGGAUUUAAAAUAAGUUAUAAUAUGGACUAUGUUUUGGAUUUAAGUAUUUUGUUUUGUGAAUUUGAAUGAAGACAAAAUUAUCUCAACAUUAACUAAAAUAAAAUAGAAAACCAAAUAUUAUUAUUAUAAUAUUACUACAUAAUACGUGAGUAUAUGACGUUGGAAUAAUUUUUUUUCACAUUGAAAUAUUUAUAAACGAAAAUGCAGUCGCUGCUGUCAGUAUUAUGCAUAGCUAUGUGCCUUAAUUUGUGUUCCACUAGCAAACUACCCGCUGAGAAGAGCGUUUCUAAAGACGUUGAAACUGCGGAAAAAAACAAACAAAACUUUGACGAAACCCCCAGUAUUGACAAAAGAAGAUUUCGAACAAAGGAGGAUAUUCCGAAAGACUAUUUAGAGCAUUUAAUUGAACGUUAUGGUAUUUCCGAAGAUCCGCUAGGUGAUUAUGAAAAAAAGAAAAAGGAAUACAAGCACAGAAUACAAUCUUAUGAAGAGUAUGAGGAUUUUUAUGAUUAUCCAGAAGGGGAACCGUCAUCAUACGAUGACAUGACGCUCGAGUCCGAUACAGAGAGCGGAAAUGACACCGAGGAUGGAAACAGCACGUGCAAAGCGUGCGAAAUACUUGACGAAGCGCGCGCAUUUAGACUUGAGAACAUUAAAUACUCCAUUUUGGGGCAGAUUGGGUUUGAGAGCGACAAUCUGCCGAAUAUGACUGGAAAAGUGAUCCCAAAGAUACCGUCCAUUGAAAAACUGAUAGGGCAGCACGAAAUGCAAAAUGACCAGCCAGUGCUCCCGGAAGGAAAUUUUAUUCCCGAGGACCAAAUAUAUGGACAAGUAAAAAAAGCUUACACAAUUGGACAAUCGCCUCCAAAAGCAUUUGACAUUGACGUUCCAGGAGGGUGUUACUUCGAACUUCCAGAGUCAGUGACAUCGCGCAAAAUUCAAGACGCGACGCUUUGGGUUUACGUUAAAUCAGAAAACGAAAAGAGAAAAAGAAGAGAAAUAUUCCAUAUAAGAAUCGUCAUUAUUGACCCCAAAGCGAAACGUGGCAAUUUGCUUAGAGGGGAAGUGCAUGGGAAGAAAACGAGCGCCGAUGGCUGGGUUGAUUUUAAAUUUGCAAGAUUCGCGCACAGAUGGGCACGCAAACCUGAAUCCAAUCGAGGUGUCGUCAUACAGGCAUUUGAUGACGAAGGAAACAAUAUGGUAGUCACACCAGAAAUGUCAACAGAAGAAAAAUUCUUCCCAAUGCUCGAAAUGACCACAGUGGAGCACAAUGACAGACACACACUUUUAAAAAGGCACGUGAACAACAUCUGCACGGAGCGAGACAAGCGAACGACGUGUUGCCGAUACCCGUUGCGAGUGGACUUUGUGUCCUUCGGCUGGGACUGGGUAAUAGCACCCACGGGCUAUACGGCAAACUACUGCGCUGGCGAAUGCCGCCAUCGACAUGUGGACGAUAAUCCAAACGCAUAUCUUGUUCAGCAGGUGUCACUCGGGACCACUCCGUGUUGCACUGCUGCAAAGUGGUUUCCUUUAGCGAUGUUGUAUUUUGACCAUGCUCACACGGUCCUGUACACGUAUAUGCAAAAAAUGAUUAUUGACAGAUGCAGUUGCGCAUGAGAGUAGACUAAACAAUUUAUGAAGUAGAUUGGUAUAUCAAUAGAAGUGAUAACAAGUGCAUAAAAACACAAAGUGUUUGAAUAAACUGACGUAUUGAUAUUGUGAUAAACUAAUUGGUGCAAAAUAUGUGUUGUGAGAGCACGAGUGUAACACGACAGCUCAAAAUAACAUGAGAUUACCCACCAUACAUGACUGCGAUUUAAAUACGUGUGUUGUACACAUUUCAAAUGACACUUUUUUGGCUAUGUCUUUCGACGAAUUGGCCAUAAAAUAUCGGGAGUUCAAAGGCCGAGAGGUAGAUGUAGACAUUAAACAACGGGAGUUAUUCUCCCACCGAGUUGUUAAGGCAGUUUAGCUUAGGUGGCAUAGAAAAGUUCAUUGACUCAAGUUAUGAAGUGCUUAAAUUGUCAAUCUCAUUAGGAGGCAUAUUCGUUUGAUUGAACUCGAAGAUGGAGAAACAAAGCAUCGUGAUAAUAUCGUUGAUUGGGAUUGAAAUGUAUUAUUUAAAACUAUUAUAAAGUUUUGUCCCCUCGACGUCAAAAUGGCAUAUGUGUAAAAGCAAGCGUUUAGCUGAUAAAAAAUGUGAGAAAGUAUGGAAGAGAUUGUGGAUCAAAUCCACUAAAAUGCUUAGGGUAAGUGUAUGUUGAAUGUAAGGAUAUAUUUUUCAUAACCUUUGGGUUCUUUAUCGUGAUCACCAUUGUCAAUGUUGUGUUCAUUAUUUCUUAUAUUUACAACUGCAUUUAUUAUGUACAUAAUAAGUAUGUUUGUAUGAAAUAUUAAGGCGCACAAAUAAUGUUUUCCAGCAUGAUUUAAUGUAAAAAAUAUUUUUAUCAGUAGCUUCACCGAAUAAUCGUCCCUUUAUAAGUUUAUUAACUUCAAAUACACUUUGUUAACAACGUUAAUAUUUUAACGCUAUACCAGAAAUUUCUUACUAAAUAGCAUUUCGGCCUGUGUUUUUUUCCCCGCAAAUGCAGUCUUCAUACUUUUGCACAAACUUAAAAAUAUUCGUAUAUAAUUUGAAUGGUUUGUUGUGUUUUUAAAUAGUGGUAAUGCACAAAUUUCAUUGUCAUUCGUAAACAUCAGUUUCUGUAAAAUUGUUUUGCAGCUUAAUGUUUGUUUGGUAUUAUAGAAAUUUGACUAAGUAAAGUAUCAAGUAUAUACUGAAGGAUUUAAGCAAUGAGUUUCGCCUCUGUUUAUUUUUUUCAAUUAUUAUUUUUUAUAAAACAAAUGUGAUACAUUUGUAUUACCAACUGACUUUAAAAUUCAUCAAUAAAAAUUAAUAAAACAAAUAUGAGACGCCUUCUCGCAAGUAAGACUUGAGCUAGUUGUAAAACAUAGAAAAUAAUAGGUUAGUGUUGAUUAUAGAUCAGGUUUAUCAUGCGAGGCUUAGAAAACAAAAAAGCACGAGCCUUGGCGAGUGCUUUUUCGUUUUUGUGCCGAGCAUAAUAAGGCUGAUCUAUUAUCAACACUUAUCUUUUAUUCUAUUUAUCUCACUUUUUAUUCAGUAAACCUUUUUAUUUAAACAAAAUUAGUUUAACUGGAUAAUUUCGCUGGAUUUAUGACGUAAUUUUGUCGAAAAAAAUAACGUUAUUUCGUGCCGUGGCUUAUAGCAGAAAUUUAAUCAACGGGGCUUUCAUCAACCGAAAAAGUGGGAUAACAUAUAACUGACCAUUAACCAAUACAAAUACUGUUGUUGCAUGUUCUGUACUUUUUCACAUUUUUCAUUCCGAUAUUGUUUGUAAGUGCUUUCGGGCAUAGUUUCAAACGUCUUUCAAAAUAAAAAAUAAACUCUUC